AUGAAUCUACUACGGCUGAAAUUUGAAGAAUACGAAAAUUUAACAAAUGAACCAGAUAUUGAAAUUAUUAAAUUAUUUUUGAUUUCCAUUUUACAUACUUAUUCCAUAUCAUCAACAAUUUUUAGAACUCCAAUUAUUGAAUAUUUCAUAUAUGUAAAGAAUAAAUAUGAUAUUGAUGUUAAUGAAUUAUCAGUACCUGAAAAUUUAAAUGAAGCCCUACGUGAAAUAUGCUUUAAACGAAAAAUACCACUACAACAACUCAAAAUUAAAGAUCAAGUUUCUAUAGAUUCUUAUCUUACAGAAUACGGUGGAAUUACAUUUGAUAAUCUAUGUAAAUAUAUAAGCGAUAGUAAAUUUAGGUAUAAAGGUCAAGAUAUUGCAAAACCAAUAUUUGAAUAUUACGAUGAGUUGUCAGAGACAAAGAAAGAGGAGUUCAUGAAGGAUUAUUUGGAAUUUAAUAAAAUGAAACAAUUGAAUGUUGAAAAUUACCAGAACUCAAGAUUAUCAGUUGAACCAAAUUUGUAUUCCAUGAAAUCUAAAAAUCAAAAUUUGGUUAGAUAUUGGAUAGAUGAAUCAAGUAGAUAUAUUGAAAACAAAUUAACAGCCGACCCAAUCAAUGAUGAAGAUAGAAUAUUACAUUAUUUUGCAUCUUAUUUUGAAACUUUUCAUCUUAAAUCAAUUUUAAAUCUCAUUAUUAAUGAAUUAUUAACUUCAAAUGGUAUCAAAUUUACUAUAUUACGAAAUAAAUUAACUUAUUCACUUCCCAAAAACAAAAUGUCCAGUUAUAUAACUCCUGAAUCAUUUGCUAAAUUAAUAUGGCUGUUAACUAACAUAAUCAUAUCAAAUUCAAAAAUAGACGCAUUUGAUGCAUUUUCAAAAGAGGUUAAACAUGAAAAUAACAAAGAUCAUCUAAUAAUCAAUCUCAACCCCAUCUUAUCAGACCUCAUCAUUGACAACAACUCAAAUGGAAAUCAUUUACCAAUGGUCUGUCCACCUAAAAAAUGGACAACUCCAACCAAUGGAGGUUAUUUAUCUGGAUCACCAUUAAUAUCAUCAUUUGAUUCACUACAAAAACAAAUAUAUUCUAAAUUGGCAAUUUCUGGAGAUUUAGACAAUGCAUAUAAUUUCAUAGAUAAUAUUGGUAAAAUACCGUGGGUUAUAGAUCAAGAGAUGCUCUAUGUUUUUAACGAGUUGAUUAAAUUGCCCAACGGAUUUUUAGAAAUACCUCCAAUCAAAAAUGAGUCUUUUGAAUUAAGUCAGUAUCGUUCUCAAGUUGAAAUUGUAAAUAAAAUGGCUAAUGCAUUUGGAAAAAAUGGUGAUAUUUUAUUUCAUUGUUAUGUUUUUGAUUUUAGAGGUAGAGUAUAUACGAAAUCAUGUUUAUCUCAUUAUGGAUCUGAUUUAACUAGAUCAUUAUUUAAAUUUUGGAAAAGUGAAAAAUUGGGAAAUGAUGGUUUUUAUUGGAUUAAGUAUCAAUUAAGAAGUGCAUUCGGGAGUACAAUUGAUGUCAGACAAUUUUACAAUGAAAAUAUAGAGAAUAUUUUGAAUUCUGCUGGUGAUCCAAUGAAUUUCAAAUGGUGGAUUAAAGGUGAUGAUCCAUUUUCAACCCUAUCUGUUUGUUUUGAAAUUAGGAAAAUAUUAAAUUGGGUUAAUGAAGGAAAUAGAAUAGAGGAAUUUAAGUCUAGAUUACCUAUUCAUCAAGAUGGCUCAUGUAAUGGAUUACAGCAUUAUGCUGCUUUAGCAAGGGAUUGUGCGGGUGGUAAAGCAGUUAAUUUAACACCACUGGAAACUAAACAAGAUGUAUACAUUGAAGUUCAACAAUUGGUUAAAAAGAAAUUAGAAGCAAAUUUUGAAAAUAAUGAAUUGGCUAAAUUUUUUCAUUCUAUUUUAUCUAGAAAAUUAGUUAAACGACCAGUUAUGACUACCGUUUAUGGAGUCACAUUACGUGGAGCAGCAAUUCAUAUCUUUGAUGAAAUUAAAGAAAUUGUUCAAAACCAUGAAAAUUCAAAUAAGGAAGACUAUAACCAAGAAACAAUAAGUCGAAUGAAGAAAAUUACAUUAUCGCAGACUUCAUAUCUUGCUAUGAUCAUAUUAUCAUCAAUUGAGGAAUUGUUUUUCAAUGCAAAACAGAUUGAACACUGGUUAGUCAUGAAUGUCAAUCGAAUGUUAACUAGUUUCAAUCUCAAAACAUUUCAAUAUUUAACUGACAAAGAUGAAGAUAUCAGUACAAUUUUAGAUUCUCCAAAAUCGUAUUCUCCAAUUAUAUGGACUACACCUAUUCAAUUCCCUGUUGUUCAAAUAUAUCGAAAUAUUCCAAAACGUAGUUAUACUGGUCAUUAUUUUGAUUAUACUCAUAAAUUAUAUCCCAUGGAUAAGAGAAAGAAUAUGAAUGGAGUUGCACCUAAUUUUAUACAUUCUUUGGAUGCUGCUCAUUUAAGUUUGACAUGUAAUGAAGUUGGUAAAAUGACAUUCAGUGCAAUUCAUGAUUGUUAUUGGACUCAUGCAAAUAAAGUAGAGGAGAUGUCAAGGGUGCUAAGAGAGAAAUUUGUUGAAUUACAUAGUAUAGACAUACUAGAACAAACUAAAUUGGAAUUUGAAAAUCAAAUGAAGGAUAAUUAUCAAUUUGUGUAUUUUAGUAAAUUUGAAUACCCUGAGUUAUAUAGAAGAAUAAAAAUGAUAAGGAAGAGAUACCCAGAGAAAGGUAAAGUACAAAGCAUGAUCUAUGAACUAAAUGAGAUUGUUAAUUUGGGUCCAGACCAUGAUAUAAAUAAACUACUACAAGAAUUUCAACCUAAAUUGUAUCAUAAAGUUAAUUCUAGCAAGUAUUAUGAGUAUAAUGAUAGAGGAGAGAGUAUAGAGUCAGUUAAAGGUAGAACAGGAGUUUGGAUGCCGGUUCAAAUUAUAGACGUACCACCAAAAGGUCAAUUAGAUAUUAAUCAAGUUUUAAGAAGUAAAUAUUUUUUUAGUUAA